CAAAAUCUAGUCAAAUAAAAUAAGUUACUUGCUGCUUCAGAGAAACAGAGAAAAAAAAUAAAUAUUUUUUGUUUAAAAUGUGUGACGACGAUGUAGCAGCCCUAGUAGUAGACAAUGGAUCAGGGAUGUGCAAAGCAGGAUUUGCAGGAGAUGAUGCUCCACGUGCUGUAUUUCCCUCCAUUGUGGGAAGACCAAGAUAUCAGGGAAUCAUGGUUGGUAUGGGACAAAAGGAUAGCUAUGUGGGAGAUGAAGCACAAAGCAAAAGAGGCGUUUUAACUGUUAAAUAUCCGAUCGAGCAUGGCAUUGUAACAAACUGGGAUGACAUGGAAAAGAUAUGGCAUCACACAUUCUAUAACGAGUUAAGAAUCGCUCCGGAAGAGCAUCCUGUUCUCUUGACCGAAGCUCCUUUGAAUCCUAAGGCUAACCGAGAAAAAAUGACGCAAAUUAUGUUUGAAACAUUUAAUUCGCCGGCAAUGUAUGUCGCUAUACAAGCUGUUCUAUCGCUUUACGCUUCAGGACGCACCACAGGCAUUGUUCUAGACAGCGGUGAUGGAGUUUCACACACAGUGCCAAUUUACGAGGGGUACGCGUUACCACAUGCAAUUUUACGCAUGGACCUGGCUGGCCGCGAUUUAACAGAUUACCUCAUGAAGAUCCUAACAGAAAGAGGAUAUUCGUUUACUACAACCGCGGAGCGUGAAAUUGUCCGAGAUAUUAAGGAAAAAUUGUGUUACGUUGCUUUGGACUUUCAGCAGGAGAUGGCUACAGCUGCUGGUUCGAGCGCUCUGGAAAAGAGCUAUGAAUUACCAGACGGCCAAGUAAUCACUAUCGGAAACGAACGUUUCCGGUGUCCCGAAGCGAUGUUUCAGCCAAGUUUCCUCGGCAUGGAGUCUUGCGGAAUACAUGAAACUACCUACAACUCGAUCAUGAAAUGCGACGUCGAUAUUCGUAAGGAUUUGUAUGCUAAUUCAGUCCUGUCAGGCGGCACCACCAUGUAUCCAGGUAUCGCGGACAGGAUGCAAAAGGAAAUAACGGCACUGGCUCCGUCCACGAUGAAGAUCAAGAUAAUCGCGCCUCCAGAAAGGAAAUACUCUGUCUGGAUCGGUGGCUCGAUCUUGGCCAGCUUGAGCACCUUCCAACAAAUGUGGAUCUCGAAACAAGAGUACGACGAGUCGGGACCGUCCAUCGUGCACAGA